CGCACUGUUCCCACCCGCCCACAGUUGCGCCCUCUGAUGCGGCGCGUCGAGGGCAGCGUUUCUAACGACCGUGGGGUGGCGUCCCCCGGCCCUGGCGUGGCCCUCGCAGAGCCAGACCGGGGGUCCACGCUGCCCGUGCGGCUGCUCAGGGACACCCCGGCGGCAGCUCCGGACACCGGCAACGCCCAGGGCUUCCAGAUGAAGAUGGACGCCCACGGCUUUGCCCCCGAAGAUCUGCAGGUGCGGGUGGAUGGGCAGAACCUGGUGGUCACCGGCCAGCGGCGAGAGGAGCACCGCGAUCCACGUGGGGGCAGCUACUCCCUGAAGCAGAAGGUGUACCGCCAGAUGCAGCUACCUGGGGACCUGGACCCCGCCGCCGCCACCUGCUGCCUGACUCCCUCCGGCCAGCUGUGGGUGCGAGGCCCAUGCAGACCGCCGCCUCUGCUUGAAUCCCCGCCCGGCCCGUCCAGGAGCCUCAGCCGCCAGGGAUCGAAGAAGGGCCCCAGCACCGCCUAAGCCAAUAAACGAGUG